AUGGAGCGGCUGAUUGGAGUGGAUCAGUCGACGCCGAGCUGGAUACGCAGGCUGCUGGGCGUGACCGACUGCACGUACGUGCGAGAGGUGAUCCGCUUUGACCCGCAUGUGCCGUGCAUCGACAUGGAGAGCAUGAAUUUGAGCUUCAACCAUUACCUGCUGGUCACGGAGCGCAUCCGAUACAUGCCCGCGGACGACAACACGCGCUUUGACCAAAUGGCCGAGUUUGAUUGUCGCGGGCUGCGCACGUCGCGCGAGGGCGGCUUCUGGGCGUCCGCGGCACGCAAGGUCGAAGAGGCUACCAUCGACCUGUUCAAGAAAAAUGCGGCGCGGGGGCGCCUCGGGUUCUCGCAUGUGCUGCAGGCCAUGUUCCAGGACAAGUCGCUGGAAGAGUAUGAGGCGCAGGUGCUCGUACCGUCCGAGUACGAGGCCUAA